CUCUCGCCAUGGCCUCUGGGGCUUCUCCGAUCCUUGGGGUGCCCCCGCACCGUCUGUGGGCCCGGAGGCCUGGCAUCUACGAAGACGAGAAGGGGAGGACCUGGGUGACGGUGGUCGUGCGGCUCAGUCCCUCCCAGAGAGCUCGGAGCAGGGCCUCCCCAGGCGGCACACAUGAGCCUGAGCCCAGCGUCACAGUCCACAUGUGGCAGAUGCCAGUGCACCCCCAGGAGCCCGUGUCCCCCAGCCAGCUGACCCUGUCCCGGCUGCCCCUCGUGUGGCAGCUGUACUCUGGAAGAAGGUACAGAGCAAUGGAUUCCAGGCUCUGGGAAAUAGUGAGCCAUGGCCAGAUCGACUCCACAGAGGAGCUGGUCCUGACGGAGCUGCCACCAGGGAAUGGCUGACCACAGAGAGCGGCUCACAGGCUGGUCUUGCCGGCCCUAUGGAUCUUCAGUGAGGAUCUUUUCAUACCUGCCCUUCUGUUAGCACAUCUAGCAUGGCCUCCCCGGGGGGAAGGAGGCAGCUGGGCCCCUGCCUACUCUGCUUUUCUUGUUGUCGUCAGCUGUCCCGCUCUGCUCCACACUCAGUGACUUGCUGGACGGACCCCCAUCUGUGUGCUGGGCUCAGCUCCCCCACUGGCUGCGAUCCCUGGUUUCUCUUUCCCCUUUGUGCCCUCAUGCCGGCCUUCCAAGUGCCCCUUCCCAGAUCCCCAUCAGGCCCCCUCCAGGCACUGGCCCGGUCAGACCCCCGGCCUCCAGUGCAGCCCAUGAUUGUUACUUGCUGUCAACCCACUCCAUGUCAGGCAGGGAGUGACUCAGUUUAAGAGCAGGCCUCAGAGGGAGCCAGGUCUGGACUUGGGACUCAGAUGGGCACCAGUUCUGCUGGGCUGCUGGCCUGGAGUAGAUGGAGUGCUGGGCAGGCUGUCCACUCCUGGUCCCAGGCAGCCUGCACCAGGGGCUGUGCGCAGGGAUGGAUGGAUUUGGCCCACAGCUCUCCUGCUUCUUCAGUCCUUUGGCUCCUGCGUGUGAUGCUGGUCCGUGAA